GCCGGCCUGUCAGCGAGGGCAGGGCGGCGGCUAACGGCCGCGCAGCAACAAGCGGCAGCGGCGGUUGGGUUUUACGCUUGUUUUUAAAAAUUAUUUACUUGUGAAAAUCAUGUGGGGCACGGUAGUGUUUGUGCUGGAAGCCGAUGUGCGGUGUGGGGUUGACACACGGUGCUAGCCCGUGGCUCAAGGGUUCUCAAAGCUGGCCGCCACGGCUUGUGAUCACCAUGGCUGCAGUGGAUCGUUUCUACCUCUUGUACAGAGAGAUCAGUCGUUCCUGCAAUUUUUACAUAGAGGCCCUGGCUAUAGUUGGAGCUUGGUACACAGUCAGAAAGUGUGUGUCUCUUGCGAUUGACACUUACAGCAUGAUCAGGUUGCAUUUAAUUCCAAAGCUGGGUGGCGAGAUCGAUCUUGUCAAGCGUUAUGGGAAAUGGGCCGUGGUCACUGGUGGCACAGAUGGUAUUGGGAAGGCAUAUGCCCAAGAGCUUGCAAAGCGUGGUGUCAACAUCAUCUUAAUCAGCCGAAGCAAAGAGAAGCUGGAGGCUGUAUCUAGAAGCAUAUCUGAAACCUAUAAAGUGGAAACAGAUUUUAUAGUAGCUGACUUCAGCAAGGGUCGUGAGCCUUACCCGGCCAUUAAGGAGGCUCUGAAAGAUAGAGAAAUUGGGAUUUUGGUGAAUAAUGUAGGAAUAUUUUAUCCCUACCCAGACUAUUUUACCAAUCUCUCUGAGGAUAUUCUGUGGGACAUGAUCAACGUAAAUAUUGUUUCUGCUAACAUGAUGAUGCAUAUUGUGCUGCCGGGCAUGGCAGAGAAGAAGAAAGGGGCAAUUGUGAACAUUUCUUCUGCAUCCUGUUGUCAGCCAACACCAAUGUUGACAAUCUAUGGAGCCUCUAAAACCUACUUGGACUAUUUCAGUAGAGCACUACACUAUGAGUAUGCCUCAAAAGGAAUUUUUGUUCAGAGUUUAACGCCAUUUGUAAUUGCUACAAAAAUGGUAGCAUGCAGCAGUGUUACAUCAAAAAGAUCUUUCUUUUUUCCUUCUGCUGAAGAGUAUGCUAGUCAUGCUGUUUCUACUCUUGGGUUAUCCACCAGGACUACUGGCUACUGGAAGCAUGCAAUAAAGUUCACAUUGGGUGAGCAGCUACCUGAAUGGAUCUGGGCAUGGUUUGCAAUGUAUUUUUUUAGAAUUAUACGCAAGGAAGCUUUAACGUGCAAAGUGAAAUAGGAGUAUCCAGAUGUCCUGCAUAAUGAGUACUUACUCUGAUCGAGUGCUGCAAAAAUGUUUAGUGAAGCGUGGUGGACUUCCCGUAACUUACCCAUACCUUGUAAAUGAGCUACAUGUAACUUAGACAUCAGAAGUCUGGAUCCUCUCUCUAUCCUUGUAUUAAAUAGCAGCUCUGCUGCAUUCCCCCAUGACAGAGAGCUGAUCUUGUGCAGGUUAAUCGCUGAUUCUCUUCAAGGUAAUUGCACAGGAGCAGGUACAGUUUUAAUUGACAGUUAAGGACUAUCUUGUAUAGUGCUACACAAUGUCAACUUGCAAAGCUAACAGAAUUUGCCAGAAAUCAGCUCCCCCCCAAUGAUGCUGUUCAAGAAGACAAUUCCAGUCAACUGUAUUGUUUCUUUAAUAUGUAGUUUUGUGUAGCUUUGCUGUCUUCUGACAGCAGAUGUUUGCAUGUUUAAAUUGCAAAUGUUGUUGUUCUUGAAUGAUGUUAUUUAAGGAGCUCAUAAAAAUUAAGGUGUCUGGCAAGGUACUGUUGACUUUGAGGUUGUUUAAAUGACCGAAAAGGUCUUACAGAGCUGUAAAGGAAUUUGGAGAUAAACUCGUAUGCUUUCUUAUUCCAAAUGUGAAUGAUCUUGGUAAUACUUCAAAUGUGACUUCAGCAAUCUGAAAUAUGGCUGGAGAAUUGAAUAAAGAAUGUAAAAACACAUCAGCUAAAGGAAAAUAAUGAAGAAGUAAUGUUUUAAUUUAAAAAUACUGAUUGGUUUCCUAAGAUAAAAAAACUUACUGAA